GUAAAAUCCCUAUUAACCAUAAAAGCGAUUCGAAUUUCACUGGACUACAUCUUACAGAUAGAAUUACAAAAAAUAUUGUACAAUAAUGUUCUGCACUGCCAUUUCCGAUAGAUCACAGAAGAGUCGUCCAGCAAACUGAAAGGUGCCUCAGUGUGAUCAUUACGAAUUCGAAAAGUCAGUUUGGCAACAAAAUUUAGCACUAAUUAUUUUAUAUGAUCUAAUAGAUUUCAUUUCGACUAAUUGUUGCAAGUGCGUUCCGAUGUCCAACAAGAGAUAUCAUUAUUAUGCAGAAAAAAAAUAAAUAAAAAUAUUGUCACGUAUUGGACGUAACUACGAAAUGCUAAUUCGAAUAUUUGAGAAAUACAUGAAUUGAAAAAAUAAUUAGGGAUAUUUAUGGAUGAAUGAUAAUCUUGUUUGAUUACGCAAGCUUGAUCUUUCGAACUUAUAAAAAAGAAGGAGAACAAACUAUUAAAAGUUGUAUAUGAUUUCACUGAACGUUCUUGACUGAUCAGUGUUACAGUAUAUAAACAACAGUUUCGCUUUCAUCAAAGAAGAAAAAAAGGCCUAGCUAAUUCAAAGUCACGAUCAAUAAUGACGAACCAUAUGGCAACUGCAGCAGCAGCGAUACGAACGAGUAUGACUGCACUCGGUAUCGCAAAACUGAAUAUCAUACCGUUUCUAAUAUCUGUCUUAAUUUAUUUCAAUUAUUAUCUAAUGGAUACUGUAAAUCAACCAAAAGUCAUGAAAAAUCUAUUAAAGGAAUACGAUUUCGUAGUGGUCGGUGGUGGUUCAGCUGGUAGCGUUGUUGUUAAUAGAUUAACGGAGAAUCCAGAAUGGAGUGUUCUUCUUUUAGAAGCAGGUGGUUUCGAAAACAAGAUUACGGACGUACCGAUGUUCUCUACCUAUUUACAAAAUACCAAAAUAGAUUGGAAAUAUAGGCCUGAAAACCAAGAUAGUGCUUGUCAAGCGAUGAAAGACAAACGUUGUUGUUGGCCCCGUGGAAAGGUAUUAGGUGGUUCAAGUGUAAUUAAUUUUAUGCUGUAUAUUCGUGGGAAUCGUCGUGAUUACUAUCAAUGGGAAAGCUUUGGUAACCCUGGUUGGGGAUACGACGAUGUACUCCCAUACUUUAAAAAGUCACAAAACCAAACAAACUCAUAUUUGGCGCGGAACACCAAAUACCAUAACACAGGUGGUUAUUUAACUAUUCAAGAGUCUCCUUAUAAUACACCACUGCGUCCAGCAUAUUUUCAAGCUGCAGAAGAGAUGGGUUAUAACAUCGUGGAUAUAAAUGGCCAACAACAAACGGGCUUUGCAUUGCCUCAAUAUACAAUGCGCAGGGGCGCUAGAUGUAGUGCAGCCAAGGCAUUCGUACGUCCCAUCAAAUUACGAAAGAAUUUUCACCUAUCGUUAUGGAGUCAUGUUACGCGUAUUCUCAUAGAUCCAAGUACCAAACGAGCAUAUGGUGUAGAAUUUAUUAGGAAUGGUCGUGUUGAGACCGUAUUUGCAAAGAAAGAAGUUAUACUUUCGGCAGGUGCUAUAAAUACUCCUCAAUUAUUGAUGCUGUCUGGAAUCGGUGCAAAGAAUCACCUCGAAGAUCUUGAUAUUCCAGUGAUUCAGGAUUCACCUGGUGUUGGACAGAACCUUCAAGAUCAUAUAUCCAUUAUUGGUCUAACCUUCCUUAUCGACCACGAGAUCAGCCUUGUUUAUAAUCACAUAUUAAAUAUAAACUCAAUAUUGAAAUAUGAAAUUACCGAAAACGGUCCACUAACUUCGAGUAUUGGUAUCGAUGCAGUAGGCUUUCUAUCCACCAAAUAUGCCAAUCUGACGGACAAUUGGCCCGAUGUAGAAUUAGUGAUUUCCUCUGCCUCGGUUAGUACCAUGGGAGAACUAUUUAAAGAUUCUUUAUGUCUAACGGAUAAUUUUAACAAUGAAAUGUAUGGAGAGAUCAUUAAUCAUGAUAGUUUUAACAUUUUACCAAUAAUACUCAGACCUAAAUCUCGUGGAAAUGUGAAAUUAAGGUCGAAAAAUCCACUCGAUUAUCCAUUAAUAUAUCACAAUUAUUUAACGCAUCCUGAAGACGUAAAUGUUUUACGAGAAGGAAUCAAAGCAGCAAUUGCAUUUGCUGAAACGAGUAGCAUGAAAAGAUUCGGGACAAGAUUUUACAGUAAGCCAUUGCCAAAUUGUAAACAUCUUCCUAUGUUCACGGACGAGUACUGGGAAUGUGCAAUUCGUCAAGUUACCAUGCCAAGUUAUCACAUGAGCUGCACUGCGAAAAUGGGUCCACGAUCCGAUCCAAUGGCGGUCGUAGAUCCCUCUUUAAAAGUAUAUGGAGUAAAAGGACUUCGAGUGAUCGAUGCUUCGAUCAUGCCUACGAUCACUAGUGGAAAUAUCAAUGCACCUGUGAUAAUGAUUGGUGAAAAAGGUUCGGAUCUCAUAAAGGAGGAUUGGAUGUCUAGACGAGAGAGAAGCAAUGAGACUAUCUCAGGUUCUUUCAAUCAAUAUUAGAUAUUUUGGAUAGUUCAUCGAAUGAAAGUAAUUCAUACAUUUUUCAAAUACGUAGUAUAAA